UUUACCCAAUAAUACACACUUAAUUUAAUUUUUUUUGAUCGAAUUUGUCUAGAUCUAGACGCAAGCUUUUACGUUCAAUUUAUCUUCAUAUUUGCUAUUGAAAAAAGGGUCGUUAGUAUCUUGUUUGAAUUUAUAUUUCACCAUCAUAAAAGAUGUCGCGAUUUAUCGCGGUCGCUAGUUCAGCCGUUAACAAACGCAACGCGUUUGUUUCUACUGGGCUUUUGUACAUUUUCUGUGCCCUAAAUUGUACAAGUAUUCAUAAUUUGUUGUAAUAACAAGCUGCUAAAGUCUGAAUCAUCAACGAAAAUAACGUGAUCAGCCAUCUUGUUGAAUCAUUAAAUAAAACACGGCCUCGUUUUGAGAAAUAUCACUGUCAGUCACUUACGUGAUACGAAACUCGUUCUCUCAUUGGCGACAGCGCGCCAUCAAGCGACAGCGCGCCGGCGAAAUAAAAUUUGGUUAAUUGCCGACGGUAUGGAAACGACGAACUACAACGAAUUUUUAUAAAAGGAUACGUACGCACGUAUGUUCAUGUCACGAACGACGAACGUCAUCAACUGCAGUUUUGUCGCAUCUUGGGUGGUCACAGUGGUGUGGUGGUGCCAAAGAAAAAUGCGCUUGCCAUGCCUGAGAUCCCAUAAAGCACACAUAGAAGGAUAUAAGGAAAAUAGGACGAAGCGAACUGUGUAUUGUGAACUAUUCAAGGAAAUAUUUUCCAAUAUAUCGUGAUUUGUGGCCAACCAAUACAUAAUCAGAUUGAAUGAAAAUAUGAAAAUGAAAGUAAAUUAAAUGUAUUUUUGAUCGAAUCAAACUCACUUCGUUUUUAGGCCAAAAUCUAAGAAAAAAGAAAAAUUAAAAAAAGAAAAAAAUAAGACAACAAGAAUUAAUGAAUUCUUGAGAUUCCACAAGAAAUGGCAAAGCAAAAAUAUUAAUUCAAAGUUAAGUUUGAUGCAAAUCUGCAGUGAUUUUAAGCAAGGAAUGACUGGGGAAUAUGGGGAAAAUACAAUUGAAUAAGAACGAAGCAAAGUGUCGAUAAUGAAGAAGACUUUUAAUUUUUAUUGAAAAUAGCGCUGAUUGUGCUAUAUGAGCUAUAUGAUCCAAAAAUUUUCAAAUGGGUCGUAAAAAACCCUUACAAAAAAUCAUAAAGCAAACGUACAUAACACACCACUAGGCAUGGGUAACUCAGUGAAUUUAAAAAAACUGGCGCAGUGCUGGCAAAAUGGCUUGGUGCGCCAACUCAAUGCACCGGCGCAGUUACCCACCAGCGCAUUAAACAAAAUGUCUCCAAACUGUAUAAACUUUACCCAUUAAAAAUGUGAUGAUUUUUUCUGGUGGGAAAAUUCUAGUCCCGGGCCUCGUAAAGCUUUAAUCCGGCUCUGGGUUACAUGCAAAGCGUAAUUCGAAGUGCAGCGCAGUGAGAUGAGUUACAGCUCCUUAACUCACAGAGCAGCAUUUACUCAAAAGCAUCAUGCAACACAAUAUUACUUAUGCCUAUAACACACGCUUACGACAAGAAAACUGCUUCCUUUUCAAAGCUAAUCGAACUGGCGAAAAAUCUUGAAUAAAUCAGAAAAAUUGAAGCUUAGAAAAAAUCAACAAGUAUACAUUGAUAUUAUAAAGUGCAGGUUUCGGAAUCGCUAAUUUCAGUCUGAACCCACCUAAUGAGAGCUAAUAGGCUCGAAACCGGUUCUGGGAGUGUCUGAGGUUGGCGCAUUUCGAAAUCUGCACUUGCCGAUUUCAACAUUCAAAUUGUUCGUAAAAAGCCUGAAAAAAAAUCAUAAAUAUGUAGACAAAAAAUCAGCACUCCACUGUAUGCAGCAGCUCAAAGCACAAAAAACUACUUAACUCAAAUGAAAACUGAAUGUUUUUACAUCGUUACGGGCCACUUUAUUGACUUUUUUCACUCAUUUUUUCACGUUUUCCAAGGGUUUUUGCUUAUUGUCGAUACUUAGAGAAAAACUGUUGGUAGCUUUCGAUUCAGCACUUCAAAGUGCGUAAGAACAUCUAGGUUCAACGGAAGGGUCAACAAAUUAACACGUUUUUCGCAUAUAAAAUCAAUGGAAAACUUGAGGUGGUUUGACGCAUGUGAUGAAAGUCCAAUUCCGUUUUGCGCAUAAUUUUUAGAACCUAUUGCACAGUGCACCGUUGGCGAACAACUGGUGUAUAUACCGGGUGACAUUUAAUGAUUUGUCCAAUUUAUUGGCCAAUAAAUACGGGAAAAGAAGGCACUGUAAUACCGGCAUUCCUUCACUUUUAAUUAAUUUAUGAGUUUUAUACAAGAUAGUUGUGGGCAAACUCCAGUGUAGUUACUGUUUCAAUACCUCUAACGUGUACCCCAAACCCUCUAAGCACAAUGUCAAGCCCUUAAUCCCCAUGUGUACCCCAGGUGGUACACAGCUUAUGGAGUUCUGUCCACAUGGAACCAGGUUGGAUUGUGAAAAAAAUUCAAUCACCGAUUGCAAGAAGCUACACUUCAAGAAAAUAAUCCAAAAACACACGGAUGAGUCGUUGGGGGAUUGUUCUUUUCUCAAUACCUGCUUCCAUAUGGACACGUGUAAAUACGUGCAUUACGAAGUGGAUAGGGCAGCCCAAAUCCAUGGCAAUCAGUUGGUCAUUCCCAACCUACCAGCAGUUGGACGAGUGGAAAGCACCACACUGUAUCCACCGCAAUGGGUGCAAUGCGACCUGCGGUACCUGGAUAUGACCGUGUUAGGAAAAUUUGCAGUGAUAAUGGCUGAUCCGCCUUGGGACAUCCACAUGGAACUCCCAUAUGGAACAAUGUCCGACGAUGAAAUGAGACAACUGGGUAUACCGCAACUGCAAGACGAAGGACUGAUAUUCUUGUGGGUUACUGGACGAGCUAUGGAACUGGGCAGGGAGUGCCUCAAGUUGUGGGGCUACGAACGAGUGGAUGAAAUCAUCUGGGUCAAGACCAAUCAGUUGCAAAGAAUCAUCAGAACUGGUCGUACUGGACAUUGGUUGAACCAUGGCAAAGAGCAUUGCCUAGUGGGAAUGAAAGGUAACCCGAAGGACCUGAAUCGAGGCCUCGACUCGGACGUAAUCGUGGCAGAAGUGCGUGCAACCAGUCACAAGCCGGAUGAGAUCUACGGGAUGAUCGAAAGGUUUGUCGCAUCUAAUUUGGCCCGCUGACCGCAAGUUCGCGGUUUGCUUGAUCCCAUCACGUUUGGGUUAAUGGCAUUUGAAAAACUGUCAUUUGAGUAGUGCACACGAAGGAGUACGAUGGUUCGGCGGUUGGUCAUCAUCAAGUGACCGCAGGUCUUUAUUAGUUCGCGACUUGGCCAAUAAGGAGUUUACAGCUACAAGAACUGAAGAUGCUGCCAGUCACGUUUGCAGCGCUGAUAAAAAUAUUUUUGCGCGACUUUUUUUUUAAGUGUCUCACCCCUAUUACUACUUUGCUUCUACCCUCCCUUGUUUUUCGCUAUACCUCCCAGCCACUUAAUGUUUGAUAGUCCUGGCGCUCAAUCGGAUCAAUUUGCUGAGGAUUUUCCUGAUUCAGAUCCAGUGAGUCUAACACUCCAUAUAUCGAGCAUCGUUAACGCAAAGGGUUUACAUUUCUGAAACCAGCUAUCAAUGGUUCAUCCGAUGGUGCGAAAAUAUCUAUAUUUUACUAUUUUACAAGAUUUCUAAGCGCCGAUAUAAAUUCCUUGAUAAAUUCUAUUUCAAAUUCUGCUUUAAAACAUUUCAGAAGUGUUGGGUUCGCAAGUUCGGAACAUUUUAAGUUAGGACUGUACUAUUAUAAUGCUCGAGAACAUUCCAGGUUAGGACUGGUAGUAUUGUAAUGUUCGAGAACAUUUUACGCCUGACUAGAAGCCUUGGUAUAUAGGCUAUAAAUUACCCAGCUAGUUAGUUAGUUAGAGUGAAUCCGAAGAUUGUAUACCGUUGUUUAAGAAUAAACCGGCUGUUUGUUCAACUAUUCGGCCAUUGCUUCCAAACCCAUCAAUUGGCGCUGCUACGACCCUGAGCGAUGAACUCUCAUGGAGC